AUGACUACAACAGCCGAAAGCAGAAUUCAGUGUCAUCUGAAGAAGUUCGGAAGUGAAGUUCGUCCACCUCCAAUAUCCCGCAGAGAUGAUCGUAUACGCUCAAUAGCCAGUUCAUUUGAAGAAAUCACAGAAUCAGAAGAAGAAGAACUUCAGGACUCAAUGCCAUACUAUUCUGAAAGCUGUGGAAGAUCACCAUAUGCAGUUCAGUCAGAAUCACCAUUUUCUCAGAGAAGAAGCAAUUCCCUCACCCACACUCCCUGUAUGAGUCCAAAGUUUGCCAAAAGAACUUUUCCAAAUCGUCUAAUGAGAGGAUUCUCAGAUCCUUUGUUCCGCCGCAAAUCUUCACUUCCAACAAUUCUUCAGCAGUCAUCAGAUGGUUUCUCCUCAGAUUCAUCAUCAGAUCUUCUAUCUCUUCCACCAAUCCCUGAAGCAGCAACACCAGCUUCUCCAGUUAGCUCUUCUCCUUCAAAUCUAUUCAAGGAUUCCAAUAGCUUCUGA